UUAAAUGACACAAUUUAUUUUGCCCAAAAACACGUGACGGAUGUUACUGAGGGCGCCACAAUCGUGCGAUUCGCGUUUGUUUUUUUUCAUUUUUCUCUCAUGUUUAAAGGGCAAAAAAGUGUGGUUUCUUGCCAUAUUUGCUAAUAAUGGGCAUUUCGGAUGAAAACUGUCUAAAGUUUUACUUGCGUCUCCCUGUUAAGAUUGUCGAUGAGCAACAAGUAAAAGACUUGCAUUCCUCGAUUAUUAAAGUGGUUUUACCGCGACAGAAAUCUCGACGUUGGUGCACUGUCGAGCUUGAUAGUAUCUCCGGUGUUAAAGAAUUGAAAAGUGUGAGAAUCGACGGUAAGAAAAUCUACAUCAAGUCACUCAAAAAGAAGAAAAGUGAGCAAUAAGUGUCAGUGAUGAUGGGGGCAGGGGGAUUUAUUAGAAAUCCCGGGUGGGACACAUUAAGUAGUGAUGAUUUGAUGGACGAGGAUUAUGAUAAUGGUUUGGUUAUAGACAAUUUUUUUAAUGAUUUGGAUGAUUUUGAACUGCCCUCUGAAGUUGUGCUGUUUUUGCCCCCCACCGAUGAAGAGCUGGAAGAAGAUGACUUUUUCGAUGACACGGAUGAUCUUGAUGAUGAAGAUGAUGAGGAUUUCGUCCCGUGGGAUUCCCUGGAAGAUGAGGAUUUCGACGACGACAACGCCAUAGUGAUGUCCAGUGACGAGUCGUCGCCGGAGCGAAAUAAUUAAGUGGGGGAAAGUGACGUACCGACUGGAGCGACGAGCUGAUUGGCUGGCGGAGCGCUGGGAUCGGGUACUUCCGGCAGCCGAUACAACAACCAAUAGUUAUAGCCCAUCGGUUCCUCCUUAAACCCAGCCAAAGUGUGGACGUAGUGUCCAUUGGGCCACUCGGAAGCCUCGAAGGUGAAGUGGGGGUCGAGCUCCAUGGCCAUCUGCAUCACGGCGUAGAAAGACGUGUUCCGAGGUGCGGUGAUGGCGAGUGUGCAGUUUUCUGUAAUGUUGGACCCGACCCAGAGGGUGUAGGUGACGGUCACGUUACGGAUUUCGGAGUCGUUGCCGUGGACUGAGAGCGAUUUUGUCAAACCGUCGAUUUCGACGUGGUUUUCUAGGUCGCCGUCGGGUUUGCCGCAGUCUAGGUUGCGGAUUGAGCCUAGGCCGUGAUUGGUUAAGGCGAGGAUGACCUCGGAGGUCAGGCCGGGGUCGGUGAACGCACCGUCGGGGUCCUGGCGGGACUCGAUGUAUGACUUUGCAGCGGUUUUGUUCCAGUGGGAACUUGCCUCAGUCAUGUCUUGGAGGGCCUGAAAUUUGUAUGGUUUAGAUAAUAUUCAGGGUACGCCAGAACUCACACCCCAGAGAAAAAUUCUAU